AUGUUGGACCCGGAAACGUGUAGAGAGCUUCCAAAGAGUCAAAUCCUGGAAGACAUAAGUGCAAAAGACCAAACACCUUCCAAAGAAAUAUUCGCAACUCCCGCAAAUGAGCAUUUCUUGCAGCAACAUGCUUAUCAAGAUCUCAAUCCUCUCGAGCAUGAAAUCAGAUUGGUCCAUGUCUUCAAGAACCCUGGGAACGAUUUAAUCUGCUGCGACUUUCUUCCCCCACAGAAACUCACAGACAUCAGCAAAGAGUACUGCACGAUAUCCUACUGCGCAGGUAGCGCCACAGACACCAAGCCCAUUCUUCUUCAGGGGAUAGAGUUCAAUGUAUUUGCUAAUCUCGACUGUGCUCUUCGCAAAACACUGGCAUAUUGGAGCACUGCCAAGUACUCUGAGGACGACUGCAUUUUGUGGAUCGACCAGAUAUGCAUCAAUCAACACAAUGAUUCAGAAAGGUCACACCAGGUAUCAUUCAUGCGAGACAUCUAUUUGAAUUCUCAGAGAACCUUUAUAUGCCUCUCAACACACCAGGAAGACAAGGCUUGGCCAAAUGCGUUUUCUUGGUUUUCGCAGCGAGAUGUGCAGCAGUAUACUUCUCGAUCUUACUACCAUAUUAUAAUGGAAGAGUAUAUCAACGGUUGGAAUGCCUUCUACGACCUACUUGAGUGUCCGUGGUGGAGCCGGGCUUGGAUCCGUCAGGAGUUUGCCUGUUCCCAAACUACGAUUUUCCUAUAUCACAAAGAAGCCCAGGACCUUACCGAGAUAUCGUGGCUCCAAGCCAUCUGCCAUUCGGGUCUUGUUACCAACCCCCAUCACCCCGAGAACAUCUUUUCUGAUGCUUCAUUGGCGAGAAGCGAGGUCAAGAAAGAAAUGCAAGCUCUGACCAACCGACACUAUCUCACAUUGGAGACUUGCCAUGUUGCCCGGUUCUUACUUCUUCAAAAGACCUUGUUAGGAGAUAACCCGGUAGAGUGCAACAUGGAUUUUAAGAAAUUGGCGCUGGAUGCUCGUCAUUCCAAGGCCACUGACCCCCGAGAUAAGGUCUUUUCUCAACUGGGACUUGCCCACCCGGGAUACAACAUCGUGCCCAACUAUUCCAGGUCUAAUGAUAUUUCACGCGUACUGAUCGAUACUGCAAUCAAGAUAAUUCUUUUCGAGGGAGAUCUCAACAUAUUUCUGUACGCACUUCAACUUGUAAAAGCACCUUCAUGUCAAUUACCGUCAUGGGUUCCUGAUUGGACUUCCGCGACUGUUUCAGCGAUCUCCGUUUUCGGCCUGUCAGAAAAUUACCAAAUUGCUAGUAUCACCGCUCAGAUCAGACACGAUGCCGUUGGCUCCAUUCGGUUUGGUGCGAGUAAUGACGAUAGUCAAAUGCCUGUUCUAUUUGUGAAAGCACUGCGCUUAUGUGCCUUGGAAAGCUUUUGCGACGAUGUACCGAGUUACGGAUGCAAAAGAUUCCCCUUGAGUGGCGGGCUUGCUCCCCAAUGCCGGAAUGAAGUUGAACUGGGAGAUGAAAUCUGGCUGCUUAUGGGCACAUCCUGUCCGUACAUCCUCCGUCCUACUGAGAAAGGAUAUAGACUCAUCAGUGAGGUCGUUGCGAUAGAUAACCCAAGUUGCCAGCUGCUUUGUCAACAAGAAAGGCACAGGAUGCGUACAGGGCUUGACGUGUUGGAGGAAAUUUCAAUAAUCUAG